AAUAUGGCACAUCAUUGGUCUAUACUGCAACGUGGAAGAGUGGACCAUAUAUAGAAUGGGAUGUUGAACAACAAAUGCUAAAGAGAGAUGGUAAAGGAACUUAUAUUCUCAAGAGCUUGAAUAAUUUUGAAGAGGAAAGGCUCAAAGAGACUUUACACACUGCGGCCACUUAUUUAUUAAAUUAUGGUGUUAAGAUAAUUGAUUUAAUUCCAUUCUCGUAUAUGAUCAUCUCUAUUUGCGUUAUAACAAUAAGAAAUGCUUACGUUAAACGCAAUACUUUUUAUGGAUCUUUACCUAAUGAAGAAACUGACGAUAAUGAUCAAUCAGUUACAAAUCGUGCUAGAUUAGUUGUCAGCGCAGUUAUAUUAAUAAUACGGUUGCUACUUGUGAUUAUGUAUCAAGAUUCGAUAGAGCUUCAACACAUACUUUGGCCAGUUGCUUGGGGUUAUGCGUCUUUAUUAGCGCUGACCCUUAUUCUACAUCCACAACAAUGCAGAGCUUUAAAUAUCAGCAUUCACUUAAAAAGAUUAUAUUUCCUCUCAUUAACCUCUGCCAUAGUAAAUCUUUACUGGUAUUGCUUUAAAUUUGGUACAGAUAUCAAUGCAGAAUAUUUUUCGAUGUUACUAGUUGUUGGUCUUUUAUUCAUUUUGGUGCCGAAAUUAGAGCCUAAGGAUCGAAAUUUAAUACCUGGAGUGAAUUUCUAUCUUAGUAGUUUGACAUUUUCAUGGGUCAUUCCUGUGAUCAUUACGGGCUAUAAACGCACACUUACAUAUGAAGACGUCCCAAAACUAUCAAAUUCUCUAAGAGCUGAAAACGUCAUAAACACUUAUAAUAAUAAUCGAAAAAAAUCGCUUCUAAAAUCAUUUUCCUUCUCCUUUUGGAAACAGCUGCUUAUUCAAUCCAUUUGUGCCAUAGUUUGGAUUUUUCUUGAUUUUUUAAUUACACCAUUGCUUCUUGAAAGAUUCUUAAAUUAUAUUAAUCACUAUUCACUUAAUGACGAAUCUCAUCCGAUUGCUAGCUUAUAUGUUUAUGGAUUACCUCUUAUUAAAGUAGUCUCGAAUUUACUUUUACAGCAUGCACAAUAUAUUGGUCGACAGAUAGCCAAUAGAUGUCAGGUACAAUUAGUUGGCUUAUCUGUAUCGAAAAUUGAUGGAGAAGAAAAGGGAAAGAUUACUGAUCUUAUGAGCGUUGAUGCACAAAAAGUUUCAUCAAUGAUUGGAAAUGUUUUAUAUCGUAAUGUUAUCCCAUUUUUGGUGGUUCUUUUACUUAUUAGUUUGUUUACACAGGGAUAUAAAACUAUUCAUGAAUGUCUCAUGAAUGCAACUGAUAAACGUAUAAAAGUGAUAAACGAGUUAUUACAAUCUAUUCGAAUUGUCAAACUUUUUGCAAGAGAAGAAUACUUUCGUAAAAAUAUCAUGGAAGCUCGCGACUAUGAGUUAAAUAUGCUCGAGAAUCGCAUGAAAAAAUCUAUUUUUAUAGAGUUUUUAUGGACUAGCCUGCCUUUCAUUAUGAUUUUACCUGCAUUCGCCUUGUAUACUUCCGAAAAUAAAUUGACUUCCUCUAUUGCCUUUGCGGCAAUUGCUGUAUGUGGCAAUCUUCAUAAAGCUUUUGAUGAUUUACCAUAUCAGAUUAUUUGCUUGAUCCAAGGUAUAAUCGGAAACUGUUCAAAAUUAUUCGACUUGAACGAUGGAAGAAUUGGAUUUAUUAAUGCCACUUUUCAAUGGCCAAAUGCUUCAAAUAACUUCAUAUUGAACAAUCUGAACGUCUUUUUUCCACCUGGAAAGCUGUCGCUAAUCCAUGGUCCAACGGGUUGUGGAAAGUCUGCCUUAUUGAGAGCUCUGCUGGGAGAAAUGAAAUGUAUUGAGGGUUCUGUGCUUUUUCCAAAUGGUGAAAUUGCAUAUGUUUCUCAAACUGCAUGGCUUCAAAAUGGAACUAUUAGAGAUAACAUUCAAAAUUCUGAUAAGACAGAAAUCGGAGAAAGAGGAGUUAUGCUCAGUAAUGGUCAGAAGCAACGAAUUGCUUUAGCUAGAGCCAUUUAUUCAAACCAUAAUACCAUUAUUUUAGACGAUUGCUUAUCUGCUGUUGAUUCAUGCACAGAAAACUAUAUCUAUAACCAAUGUCUAAUGAGUGACUUGAUGAAAACUAAAACUCGCAUUCUUGUAACACACCGCGAAAACUUUUAUGGUGCUGCUUUAAAAAUUUUUAUGAAAGAUGGCAUGAUAAUAAAUGAAGAAUAUUUGGAAACGAAAGAAUUAGAAUCCAAUCUCAAAGAAUCUGAAGAUGUAGUAUUACCAGACAACAAAUGCACAGACAAAUUAAUUAAAGAAGAAGCAAAGGCCGAGGGCUGGGUCAAAUGGAAUGUCUAUAUGACAUAUUUAAAAGCUUCUGACUUUUUUUGGCUAUCCAUAAUUCUUUUAUUCAUAUUUGCACGGUUCUUUCAAACUCUUCAAGGUUUGUGGUUUUUAAUUACAUGGUGCACAGCAAUUAUAGUAGCAAUAUUGGCUAUCCUGAUUACUUUUCAGGUCUAUGGAUUAGUAAAUGGACCAAAACUAAUGAUAAUCAAUUAUUUUUGCCCGAUCCUCUUUUGCCCGAUUCCCUCACGAAUAAUUGUACAAUAUUUAUCACAAAAAUCCAAAAACGUCAAUUAUUAUCUCAGUAUUUAUGCGUUGUUUGGACUUUUAAAAAUUACAUCAAUGAUCCUUAGAUCUUGCUUCAUGAUAAAGUGCACUUUAAAGGCUUCCAAAGAAUUACAUAAUAAUCUGUUAAACAAAAUUUUAUUAGCUACGAUUAAAUUUUACGAUACAACACCAAUAGGGAGAAUUAUGAACAGGUUUAGCAAGGACAUGGAAUUAAUAGACCAAAUAUUACCUCUCAACACUAUUGAAGGUAGAGAGCAUUUGGUGCCAAAAGAAGUUUUAAUGAAAACCUACGGUUUUGCAGGAGGUUUAUUUAUGCUUAUUAUUGGGGCUCUAAUUAUUGAUGAUCUUUCUAAAGAAAUGGAUCCUACAUUUGCUGCGUUUACAUUUAUAAAUACAAUAAAAUUCAUUGAAAGAAUCAAGGAAUAUUUGGCAUUAGAGGAAGAAGAUUUGAAUACAAAUAAGAGUUCUACAGAAUGGCCUGCUAAUGGUAAAAUUGAAGUAAAAAACCUUAAUGUGCAAUAUUCUAGCGAUGGCCCUCUUAUAUUAAGAGGUAUUUCAUUUUGUGUUUAUGCCGGAGAAAAAAUUGGAAUUGUUGGUAGAACUGGUUCUGGAAAGUCCACAUUGGUUAAAUCUAUUUUGAGAACCGUAAAUCCGACUUAUGGUCAAAUAAAAAUAGAUGAUGUUGAUAUUUCGACUAUCAGCUUGCCUUACUUAAGAAAUAAGAUUACUGUAAUACCUCAGAACCCAGCACUCUUUAAUGGAACCUUAAGAAAAAUUAUAAGUAAUAUUGACUUUUCUGGUGAACAUCCUGAUUAUAAAUUAUGGGAGGUGCUUCGGAAAGCCCGUUUGGUUAAAGAGCAUACUUCCACUAAUCAAGAAAGUAGCAGUAAUGUUAAUCCAUUAACGCUGUAUACGAUUAUCAGGGAAGGGGGCUGUAAUCUAAGCCAUGGACAGCAACAAUUAAUUAUGUUAGCUAGAGCAUUAGUAAAUAAAUCAAGAGUAAUUAUUUUGGAUGAAUCAACUGCUAAUGUAGAUCUCGAAACUGACAGCGAAAUCCAGAAAACAAUACGCGAGGAAUUCAAAGAUUCUGGAUUUAUCGUGGAAUCCGGCCAUCCAUAUGAACUAUUACAAAAUCGAGAAUCUAUGUUUAGAGAUAUGUGUAAACAAAAAGAAUUGAUCAUACAUAAAAUUAUGGCUAGACCAAAUUCACAGUAUGGAACAUGCACUUUUUAUGGGUUAUCACAUACGUGGCAAUUUUCGUACUGUUAUGCUUCAGAGACUGUA